GUGAGCUAUGGUGUAAUGGAAAUAAAGCAAAAUAAUUUAAUUCCAGAAGUAAAUUAGCUGCUGCGAAUGAAUUAGGCUGUAUUUUCUUGUUUCAUAGUGCUCUCCGUAUGUAUACGUGAUAUCAUUACAGAUUCUCUAGUAUUUGCCUGCUCAUUGUGAAAAUUGUUGAAAUUCAAAUAUAAAAGAAUGAAAAUUAAUUUCUCUGAAAUACCGGAACCCGGAAAACGGUACGAGUUCGGCGAAAUAUACGGAUAUGGAGUUUAUGGAAAAGUAUAUUCAGCGACUGACACACAGGCGAGCAAGAAAAACGUGGCGAUCAAACUUCAAAAGUAUGAGGAAAGUUCCAAACAGUUUGUCGAAGAAGAGUAUAAAAUAUUGAGAGAUUUCAGUCACCACUUGAACAUUGUCGACUUCUAUGGAAUUUAUCGAAUAGGAAUAGAGAUUUGGAUGGUCUUAGAGCCCUGUGAAGGAGGUCCAGUUAUCGACCUGGUGAAUGGUUUAUUGGCAAAAAACCGGAGGAUGGCCGAAGAACAUAUUGCAUAUGUCAUCAAAGAAACUGUCAGAGCUGUUACAUACCUGCACGAGAAUAAAGUCAUCCAUAGGGAUAUAAAGGGUAGUAAUAUUCUGCUAACAAGGGAAGGAGAAGUGAAAUUGUGA